CUACAGGAGAUGACCAGAGACUGUGGAUGUACUACAGGAGAUGACCAGACACUGCGGACACAGUACAGGAGAAGACCAGAGACUGUGGACAUAGUACAGGAGAUCAUAUGUACUCUCCAGUGCUUCAGGAAAUGGACAGCCAAAGGAAAGCCAGGGGGACCAGGACAGAGGCAACCAUAAGAAGAUGCUUCAGGGGUGCAGUCCUCCUCAGAUGGGGAGAUCAGCCACUUGAGACGAAGCAUGUAUAAAAAAAGCUUUUGCAUUAAGAAGAUGGCCACAACGCCAGGCAAGGUG